AUGGUGGCAGCUGGCAAAUGUCAAGGAAAAGCUUGGAGCACAAUGAUUUAUCUUAUGGACAGACCACCCUUUACCAACCAAUACCUCGUACAGUGUGACGCCGGCUUCACUAUCCCAACAGUCGUCAUCGAAGCAAUCGCAAAACAUGGCCAGGCACCUGAUCCUCCAGCAGCCACUUGCGUUCCGAGUCUCCAAAUAGCCGCCGGAUAUGCCACUAAUGAUGAAUCGCCAUUCACUCAAUACAAAUAUGAUGUCGCCGAUCCUCUGAACAUCACGUAUUGCGGGAAGGGCGGGCGACUUCCAGAUCAGACAUGCGAACCACUACCAAUCUGCAAAGAAGACGGCACAACAUGGCGCUCACACUUUACCACGAACAUCGUACUUCAUCCAACAGAAUGCGACAAGCCAUGCGAAUACCAACACGGCGCUAGCUACGAUGAUUGUGUGUUUCUGGAAAUCUCGGAUCCGGAUGGCCCGAUUCCUUUCUUCACAGCCCGUCGAGCUCUGUCUGGGCCGUAUGCGGAAUUCAUGGAUCCGGAAGAGAAUCUGAAGGCCGAUGUGACAACGGAGAAGCCGGCUCUUGAUGAUUCGAACAUUCCAGCAGCUGAUUCCACCAGAAACGGAACGAAAGAAGCACUUUCUCCUCUCCAUUUCCGCGAGAUCGUACUGCCCGAAUUGAAAGAUGGAGGAAACAGCCGUACUCGUCGCCAAUCUGACGGCCAAAAGAAGAUUCGAUAUCCCCGAUGCAUCGAUGUGAACGGAUUGGACGAGGAAGAUCGGGAACGAGUCGAGGCGGAUGUGAUGCUGAAUUGUGACAAGAACAUCUUUGUCUUGUUUCGCAAUGGCGACAAAAGCGGACUAUCCAUCAAGCCGCCGAGAAUCUGCGCAAAUCGGCAUCCCCCCUCAACGGCACCUCCAAUCUUGGCUACGGAAGAUGCUGAUCCAAAGACGAAUGAACUCCUCAUCUUUAUCGGAGCUGCUGUCGGCGCCAUUUUCCUCGUCCUGAUUGUCGGCGGUGUUCUGUUGCGUCAAAAAUUGAGAAAGCAGAAACCCGACCCGGAACCGGAUGUGGAGAAGACGGCGAAGGUUGCGGACGAGGAGAAGUUGAAACAGCCACAAGCCCCGACACAACGCUUGGCUGGCGUCUACGAUCUGGUGCCGGAGGGAUUUGCGCUGAGAAUCGACCGCUCCGAUUUGAAGCCGUCGAAGACAGAGGACAAGCCGCCGGUGACCAUCAAAAAGGAAGAGGGACUUACGAAGGGUUCCGAGCCCGCGCCGGUUUACUUCUAUUCACAAAUCGCAUUUGAUGUCGCGACGCAUAGGGAUGGGAAAGUCGUUGCAACGGAGAUGAUCAACAAGUUGAGCGGUGAAGGCUGGCUGUCAGAAGAUGAUUGUCUCCCAUCCUACACUCCGCACCCUGAUGACAUCCGAAGUCUAUGCGGUAAUUUGUUCCGGGUUGUCAAGGCUGAGAAUUCUGUGGUACGCCCGAACGGAAAGUCGAUCAUCGUCGGCGACAUCCAUGGCAAUUUCAACGAUCUGUGGCGCAUCAUCCACGCGUGGCUGUCGGAUGCUACUGGCGGCGGGCCUGGCCAAAACAUCAUCUUCCUCGGCAAUUUCAUUAACGGCGGCGCGCGCCAGAUUGAAUGCUGCAUGCUGAUUCUAGCCUACAAGAUGCUCUACCCCAACCAGGUCUUCAUCAUCCGCGGCAACCACGAAGAAUUGGCGUUCUGCCAAUCCUUGCUCGCCUGUAUGAAACAACGCGGAUAUGAGGAGAAGGUGCGGGUCGGGCUCGGUGAAUUCUUCGCAUGUCUGCCAGCCGUGGCAUGGAUCGACGGCCGAAUUCUUUGCACGCACGGAAUGAUAACACCGGACGUGACAAAGGAGCUUCUGCACGUCGGUUGGAAUCCGGUUGGCGACGGUUUGCGAGAAAUCUGCCGCAAUAUUCGAUGGAGCAAACCCUCAACAGCUAUUGAUUUCUACGAGAUCAACACCGCGCGCGAUGCCGGUUUCCUUUGCGGUCCGAGGGCUAUCAAUGAAGCGCUUGAGAGGCUUGGCGAAUUUAUCAUCAGUGGGCACGAGUAUGCGUCGAAUGGCGUGCAAAGGUUCCUUGAUCUUCGGUUGGUCACCGUCUUCUCGUCAUCCUUCUACGAAAACAAGAAGAACCUCGGCGCGAUCCUGUACGUCGACCCGGAGAAGAACGCGAUCAAGCCGAUCUUUCUCGUCAACAUCAACGACAACAUCACCACCCAGCAGCAAUUGAACGACAAGCUCGAAGAAGGGUGGAAGACGGUGAACCAGGAUCGGGGCAAAUCUGACGACACUGCGGCCAAUGAAAAGACAACCCCCAGCUCGGACGGCAAGAAA